UUGCAGCUCAGAGGCUUGUAUCAUCCCUUUACUGUAUCCUCCACACUGCAGUAUUUAUCAUUGUGGGACAAAUUACUGCUUGACACAUCCUGGAGCCCACAUCUUGUGCAUGAAGUGUAGGCUCAGCAGUUUGUGAUUUUUGUGCAAUUGAUUUAUUUUCUAUUAUUAUUAUUUUAUUUUUUUUACACAUUUUAUUUUCUUUUAUUAAUUUUUUUCUGGUCCCAUGGACUUACUCACUCAUCCUCUCAGGGAGAUGGAAAUUACUGAGAACUCCCUGUGCUCCUUCUCAGCAGCAGAUGACUUUUAUGAUGACCCCUGUUUCAAUACUUCAGAUAUGCACUUCUUUGAGGACUUGGACACCAGGCUGGUCCAUGUCAGCUUGCUCAAGCCAGAUGAACACCAUCACCACAACGAGGAGGAGCAUGUCAGGGCCCCUAGUGGGCAUCACCAAGCUGGGAGAUGUCUUCUCUGGGCUUGUAAAGCCUGCAAGAGAAAGACCACCAAUGCUGACCGCAGGAAGGCAGCGACCAUGAGAGAAAGAAGGAGGCUGAGCAAAGUCAAUGAGGCUUUUGAGACCUUGAAGAGAUGUACCUCCACCAAUCCCAACCAAAGACUACCCAAGGUGGAGAUUCUGAGGAAUGCCAUUCGCUACAUUGAGAGUCUCCAAUCUCUGCUCAGGGAUCAGGAUGAUAACUAUUACCCUGUUCUGGAGCAUUACAGUGGGGAUUCUGAUGCCUCCAGCCCAAGAUCCAAUUCUUCAGAUGGCAUGAUUGAUUACUCUGCUCCCCCCUGCCACACCAGGAGAAGAAACAGUUAUGACAGAGGGUACUACAAUGAAACAGCAAAUGAUACCAAACAUGGGAAAAAUGCUGUAAUCUCUAGUUUAGACUGUCUGUCAAGCAUUGUGGAGAGAAUUUCAACAGAGAACCCUGCUUGCUCAACACUACCUGCAGUUGAAAGUGGAUCUGAAGGCAGUCCCUGUUCUCCCCUCCAGGGGGAGACAUUGAGUGAUAGAGGAAUCACCAUACCAUCUCCCAACAACACAUGUACACCACUACCCCAGGACAGCAGUAAUUCAAUAUACCAAGUGUUAUAACUGGAGGUUUAAAAAAAACUACAACAUUCUAAAACCCAAAGACUUAAACAAGACAUUUUUUCCACUUAUGAAGCUUCUUUAAGAAUUCCUUCUCUCUGCAAGUGUACAACAUUUCAUUAGUUCUUACCAAAGCUUAUUUAUUAAUUUGUGACAAGGUUAUUUAAUAUGUUUCUAUUGAUUUUUCCUCUGUAAAUAAUAUUAAAUAUGAUCUUUUUUUUUUUUGAGGCUUUCAAAAUAUUUCCAGAUUAACACAAAAGAG